GGAGAUUAGUCGACAAAUUGAGCCCAGCGGACGCGGGACGACCGUCCUCUCGCGCGCCGAAGCUCUCGGUUUAGUAUAUCCACUGCGGAGCUCGUCAGCAACCAAGCGCGGGCGCCCGGCGGACUCCCCUCAGCACAUUCACCACCAGCGGCUGCAAGGUCGCCGCGCGCGACAGCAAAUCCGCGCGCCACAGCGCCGCACCUACGCGCAACCAUGGGCGGCGGCCACGACCUGCCGACGACGCCUGCCACGCGCACGGAAAUGGCGGAUGCGAACCUUGCGGUCGCAUACCGCGACGCCUGCGCCCACCUUCUUAUCCCUUUGAACAAAUGCCGGCGCAAGACGUUCUACAUGCCUUGGGAGUGCGGCCAUCUGAGACAUGAAUACGAGCGCUGCCAGUACGUCGAGUGGCUCAAGCGGAGCAAAGACGAGACGGUCCGCGCGUCGGCCGCGGACGGCGGCGGCGGGCACCACUGAGAGCCGUCGCUUUCGCAUUGUAACUAUAAAACUAGUAAUAGGAGUCCUGCGGGCGGGCGCGCGGGGGCUCGACGGCCUGAUGUGCAGAGGAGCGCAGUGCCAAUCGCGUGAGCCAGAGAGCUGCCAAUAUCGCACAAACCCAUAGAAAAUAGGCUCUCAACUAACGGUUUGCAUCCCUUACGCCUGCAAAAAACACGACUUGCCUGACGUCGUGCUGCAGUGCCCAGCAGACUGCCAAUUGAGGCAUUGCUCUGUUAGACUGAAAUAGCCCCACGACUGCGCAACAACGCGUGAGCAACAGUUGAAAGUGCGCCACGGACCCCCCGACGCCGCUGCGCAAAGCGCCGAACUCGUACGGACGCCUGAACAAGGCGCCGACGACUCGCGUUACGACGGGGCAAAAAAAAAGCAAGCAGACGCCGACGAUGGCGGCGCGCGCCCGCCGCGGCGACAACAGCAAGCGCACGCUCUUCGUCACGCACCCCCACUGCGCGGAACACCGGAUCGCCCACCACCCCGAGCAGCCCAAGCGCGUCGAGGCGAUCGAGGCGGCCGUGCUUGCGCACUUCGGCGAGCGGUCCGCGGACUUCGCGCAUGAUCCAUCACCGCCCGACGCCACCGCAGAAGCUCUAGGAAGGUUCCACACGAAGAAGCACCUUUCGAAGCUCGAGGGUCUAUUCGACAAAGUCGAAGAGAGCGCGCAAGCGCCGCUCAUGGACCCUAGAAGAGGCCGGACCAAGAGAAGGACGAUGUUGUCGAUUGAUGAGGACACGGCCGUCAUGCCCCGUUCAAGGGCAGCAGCUUUGAGCGCGGCGGGAGGGGCCUGCCGCGCCGUCGACGCCGUUCUAGGGCAAGAAAAUUAUCACAGUGCGUUUGCCUGUGUCAGACCGCCGGGCCACCACGCCACACCUUCGAGAGCCAUGGGUUUUUGUCUCUACAACAAUGCUGGAGUUGCGGCGCUCCACGCGAGAGCGACGUACGGCAUUCAACGAGUAGCUGUGGUAGAUGUCGACGUGCACCACGGCAACGGGACCGAAGCCUUCUUCCGGGACGACGCGGAUCUGUUCUACGCGUCCUUCCACCAGUCGGGCGACGACUUUUAUCCAGGAACGGGCCUCGCCAAGGGCGCGAAGCAGGGUGCGAUCUCGGCGUCCCGUCGUGUGGAGGUGCCUUCACUUCCUUGGAUGGACUCGUGGCCAUCUCACGAUGACGUGGGUCGUUUCUGUUUCGAGUUUGAGGCCGCAUCGAGACCGCGAUGCUCCGCGCAGGUUUCAGUCGAGGGCGGGAACUGAGCGUGAACGGCGCCAAAGUCGCCGGCGAGACGGGAAUAAACAACAACGUCGUGAACUGUCCUCUGGGGAGAGGGGCUGGCUUGAGAGCUAUCAGACGGGUGAUGGAGGAGAAAAUUCUACCGGCCUUAUCCGCUUUUGCGCCUGGUUUGGUUAUCAUAUCAUUAGGAUUCGACGCUUUAGCGAAGGACCCCAUCGGUGGUCUUAAUUUAGAUCCGCACGACUACGCGUAUCUUACACGCUCUAUACAGGAUGCUGCACAAUGUAAACUCAUCAGUGUCUUGGAAGGAGGGUACGACGUGAGAGAAAUAGCGAGGGGUGCGGUGGCCCACGUUUCCGAAUUAGCGCGCCUAGCGAAAGGAGCCAAGCCCUCGGACGACCUGCGGCGGCUGCGGGGCGCGUCGGUCAUUUCCGAACUCUCGUCGGGCGAGUCCUGGGGCUCGGAGCAGUCGUAUGGCGACGAGGACGACGACGUGAACACGCUCGUGGCGAACAUGUCGCUCGAUUCCGUCGCUGAUGGAGCGAUGGCGCGGUCGCCUACCGCCAACCGAAUGAGCAUGGACUCGGUGGCCGAGCGGCCGGCGACGCCGCCCCUGCUGCCGCAGCCGCCACCUAGACGGUCUCCUAGAGGUGUUUCUCCGGGAGUGUUACCUGUCGAGUACGGCGCCGACGGGAGUCCAUUAAGACGGUCGCCGCGCGUGUCGAACGGCCACGCCGUUGCUUCCCAGCCGCCGCCGGCGAUGCCGCGGAUAGAGUAAGAUUUUAGCAA